UAUAAAAGCCAGCGUCGAGUGUGCCUAAUUCUCUCGCUCAGUUCGCUGAUAUCAUUUGGUACACAAGUGCUCAUACCUUAGCCAGCAUGAGUGUGCCUUGCUCAGACCAGGAUUUUAGACCGAUGAAGGGAAAGAAUGCAACUUUGCCGCCGGGGGUUAGAGCAGAGAGGUGUUGGUGCGGCCGCCUUGCGAAGGUGAAGGAAGUGGUGGAUUUUUCGGAUAAGUUCGGCAUGAAAUAUUUCAUGUGCGCAUACUACGAUCAUGAUCCACCCGCACAUACAAGUUCAUCGUCCUCGAGACCUGCGUCUCCGCCGCCCCUUUGCAACUGGUUUCACUGGAUAGACCAGGAGCAGCCGGAUUGGGCUCGCCGUGAGGUGGAGGAAAAACAGAGGCGUGCGUGGGCAAGGUUCCAUGAGGAGGAGCGUUUCGAAAAGGCUAUUGCUAAUGAUAAAGCAGAAAGAGAGAGACAGAUACAAAAAUUAAGGGCAGAGCAAGCUCGAAAUCGCGAGGUAAAUCAGAAGCGGAUGGAUGAUGAGGCUGCACGUAGGUAUGCAGAGGAAGAGGUGCGCAGGGAGGCCCGUGAAGCGGAAAGAAAGAGAUUAAGAGAAAGGGCUGCUGAGGCGCAGGCAGCAGAAGAACGCGGCGACAAGACUGGAAAAUGGCCACGCUGGACGCAGGGCAAAUAGAGUGAUCUGUUGUAGUAACUACGUAUUUUAAAUUCUGUUUACUUUCGCGUUGUAUCUUAAAUUCCGUUGUAGUGAUUAGCCGUAUUUUAAUUUAAGUUAUAUUUCCAACUUUAUUUCGGCAGAUGUAUUAAUAAUAAAUGUUGGUU